AUGAGGGUCCUCAUCCUUGCCUGCCUGGUGGCCCUUGCCCUUGCAAUGGAGACUGUACAAAGACUUUCAAGCAGUGAGAUUCUGUCUCUUUCUCUCCAGGAUAAACACCAGGAGAAAAUCCAGUCCCCUAUCCAGCCACAGGCUCUUGUCUAUCCUUUUGCUGAGCCCAUCCCCUACACUGUCCUUCCACAAAAUGUCCUGCCUCUUGCUCAGCCUGCUAUGGUGCUGCCUGUCCUUCAGCCUGAAGUGAUUCAAGGUUCCAAUUCUAAGGCAACCAUCUUUCCUAAUCGCCACAUGAUGCCAUUUCUUAAAUCUCCAGUAGUGCCAUUUUUUCAACGCCAAAUCCAAAAUCUCCCACAGCUUUCUCUGCCUCUGCUCCAGCCCUUGAUGCACCAGGUGCCCCAGCCUCUUAUUCAGACUCCCAUGCUUCCUACUCAGGCCCUCCUGUCCCUUUCUCAGCCCAAAGCCCUGCCUCUUUCCCAGCAAGUGAUCCCUUACUGGCAGAGAGAUACGCUCAACCAAAAGCCUCUGCUUGAGCCUACUCAGGUGUUUUACCCUGUGACUGAACCUAUUGCUACAAUCUACAACUUACAACAAUCUUAUGUCCUAACUUUUAAGGAACGUUGCAAAACAUGCCAUCAAGGAGUACAACUUCUUGUGGCAUCACAGAAGGAGUUUGGCAGCUUCCUGGGCUGCUGCCAACAGGGAGUAGCAAUUGCCAAGGUACAGCCCAUGGCCAAAGUUACAGAGUACCUACCACCUAACACCCUCGGACCUGGUGCAGCCCCUAUUGAUGAUGCUCCUUGCUAUUCUCCCGUGUCUUUAACUUGCUGA